AUGAACCCCAAACCGUUUUAUAAGGCACCAAAAGUAACAAAGGAGGAACUAGAAAAAGAAUUUGACAAAACAUGGUGUCAUCGCAAGAGUAGCUGGGACGAACUCACAGAUGCGUCACAAUAUACAGAAGAAGAGUUGCUACAUAGAAGAACAAAACAGGACAUGUGUAAAUCAAACUUCUUCGCAGAAUGUAGUAAGAAAAAGGAGCAGACAUGUAUACUUUUUAAGUGCACGUCUAAAAAGGUACACACAUAUAUUCACGCUGCAGUUGGGGAUUUCAUAUGCUUGGAAAACGGGUCCAUCCCAAUGCAUGGAAAAAUGAAAACUUUUAAAAAAAGAAAAAAAAACCCACAUAAAGUUUUUUUUUUCAGCGAGGGUACAUCAUAUAUAAAUAAACCACCUGAUACAUAUGAUGGUAGCAGCGAUAGUGUUGAUAGGGGAACCCCCUUUGAGCACCACAACAGGAGGAACUACAAUACCAGGGGGACUAAGUUAGACACUGCAAAAUGGAGAAGAACCAGGGGAAAAAACCUAAAUGAGAAGGAAACCAUGUCGCCGCCUAUAUUCGAUGGGAAGUGUAAGAACGAUGAUCAGCACAAUAUUGAGCACACGACUUGUGUAAAAGUUGCAGGAGAGGAGAAACGCAAUGCAAAUAAUGGAAGAUCGUUUUGCAUUAAUAAGAAUGAAACGAGCGUUCCCCGAAGAUGCAUGGAUGAUGUGAUAUAUCCCUACAGUUUCAGUAAAGCCAACGAACAAGAAAAUAUCCUAACAAACAAAAUGAACAAAUUGGCAAGCGGAAAGUUACGCUUAAGGAUAAGUGAGAAGAAUAAAUUAGACAAAACGUUACAGGUAGCAGUGGAGGGAAAACUAAAUGCAGGUUCCACUCACCCUUUAAGCAAUUUACGCAAACGAAUAAUGCCCAGAGGAAGGACAGAAAAAAAAAUAAACUACGGAGGGUACAUUGUAAAACAAGAAGAAUCAAAGCAGGUAGCGGUAGGUUACGAUAUAAUGUCGAGUGAUAAGAGACAAAAGGGAAGCCCUCACGUGCGAUUAUGUGUAUAUAAAGAGAGUACACGAAAAUCUGAUCCGACAUGCCCCAUCGAUUUUGUUCAAAUGUGCCCAUCUGUUGAUGACAAAAGAAUGCAAAAUUAUCUGAAUGAGCAGCUUAAGUAUUAUGGAUCCAACAUGAGAAGGGAAAACCUCGAACAGAUUUGUCUCUACCUCCGGAAAAGGCCUCAACGGAGAGCUCCCCAUGGACUGGCCAGCAGCCACCGCAUUGGCAAGGAGCACCCAAACGUUCCACCUCGUCCGUGUCAAACUUGCAAAAAGGAUAUAAACCUCAAAAGGUACAUAAUGGACGGAGAUGACAAAGAAAACACCUCGACGAUGAUUACUGACGAGAGGGAUGUGGACCCUGCAAUAUCAGACCAAAUAAUGAACCAAAUGAGAGGUCGGGAAAAAGAAAAAAAUGAAGGAGAAACGACGAAUUUAGCACACAAAAAUAAACUGACGCACGAGUUAAAGUUAAAAAAAUUCCAAAACGAGGAAGAAAUCAACUUCUCCACAAUUUACACACAUUUAACGAAUGAAAAAAAGAUUUUAAAAAAAAUACUAAACCAACAAACAAGGAAAAAUAAAAAAGAUUAUUUAAAAAAAUUAAUUCAAGUAAAAAAAUAUAUUACCAAUUUUGUUACCUAUUUUGAGCAAAUUCUUGCAAAAAUACAGGUAGAAAAAAAUGAACCAUAUGACCCAACAUACGAUGAAGACAAACACUAUCAUAUUAGUGCCCUCCUAAAAUUGGUGGAGGACGUUAUAAGUAUUCUAUCUGAUCAUUUCUAUCACGUGAAAUAA